AUGAACCCACACCCUGAUGAGCACACCUACCCAGGUGAAGAGAACCUGAUAUGGGGCCAGGGAAUAAAGGAACGCCAUAGAGUUGAGAAACCACGAACUAAAUAUUCAGCUGUCAGUGAACAAGCACGAAAGAUGAUUCCAUCUGAGAAUUUGUGCAAGAUGUUUUGUGGAGGCAAAAGUUGCAAGUAUUGUUCAUCAGUUGGUUGGAAGAAAGAACAGAUGGUUGUGGAUGGACUUUACUCAGAGUGGGUCACCUGUAACAUCAUGGCCAUGGCUAGGAUGUCCAGCGAUAAUAUCAAACACUUCAAUAUGAUUAAGCAGUUGCAAGAUCUCCAGGUGAAGACAAUCAUCAACCUACAACAGCCUGGGGAACACGCUUAUUGUGGCUUCGGCAAUCACAGCAGUGGCUUUUCUUAUAACCCACAGACACUUAUGGAUGCUGGAUUGUUCUUUUACAACUUUACAAUCCAAGAUUAUGGCGUGGCUGGAAUGGCAACACUUUUGGACAUUGUGAAGGUCAUGCAGUUUGCUGUCUCACAGGGCAAGGUCACUGUCCACUGUCAUGCAGGACUAGGUAGAACAGGCAUGGUAAUAGCUUGCUACCUGAUCUACAACAACAGGGUACAGACAGACAAAGCCAUCCAGUAUGUCAGGUCUCGCAGACCUGGAGCCAUCCAGACAAAACAACAAAUCAACAUCUGUCGGCAGUUUGAAACUUACUUGAAGCCAUUUUUUAUCAUAUUUUCAGAAAUUGAUGCUGUAUCGUUCAAUCAGUUUUUAACGCGCCAAAGGCAUUUACUACAUGGCUAUGAAGCUAGAAAGCUGAAAAAUAUACCAAAG